GCAACAGCAGGAAGCUGAUCCGUCCACACUCGGGGCUUUACCGAUCCCCGACCGAGGAUUCGCUUUGCUUAUUCCGUCACUGGCGGGAUCGACACUAUCUGUCUACCAUUUACGAUAUUUCGUGGUGGAGCUUUCCUGCACCGGGACCAAAAUUUAAACAAGUCGACGUUCAACAAUCAUCAAUCAUAAUCAGACUGGACACAGGUCUCUCCUCCGAAAUGACAUCUCAGGCCCUGGAGGAGUUUCUGGGUCCAUUUACGUAUCAAAGAAUCUGCCAGGUGAUUGACUGGAUGAAGAAGGAUGUAAAACGCCAGACUGAAAAAACAGAGAGUGAAGCUGGUAAAAGGAGCCUCCUGAAAACUUUGCACUACCUGUUUGAGUCUGAGAAUCGUGGGCUGGCUAAGGUCGCAGUGCGAUCUGUGGAGACACUUUCCUUCAGUGGAAUGUCUUUGACCCCGAUUGAAUGUGUAGUCUUGUCACAAGUCAUCGGGCUUUCUGAUACAAUAAAAUGUCUCGACCUGGAUCGCUGCGACAUUCAGCAUGAAAGUCUCCAAUGGUUUGGACACGGGCUGCACAAGUGCCAGGAGUUGAGCCUGGUAGGUAAUAAGCUGGGAGACUCGGGAGUGAAAUUGGUGUCUGCAGCUCUGAGGAACCCGGAGUGUAAAAUACAGAAACUGUGGCUGGAGAAAGUUGAUCUCACAGCUUCUGGUGUCGAGGAUCUCGUAUCCGCUCUCAAUAUAAACAAAUCACUGACGGGACUGAACCUGAGUGACAAUAACCUGGGAGAUUCGGGAGUGAAACUAUUGAUUGCAGCUUUGUGGAAACCCAAGUGUAAUAUAAAGAAACUGUGGCUGAGGUAUAUCGGUCUCACAGAUUCUGGUGCCGAGGAUCUUAUGCCCGCUCUCAGUACAAACCCAUCACUGACGGAGCUGUACCUGAGUGAUAAUAAAAUUGGAGAUUCAGGAGUGAAUCUGGUGUCUGAGGCUCUGAGGAACCCGGAGUGUAAAAUACAGAAACUGUGGCUGAGGGGUGUCGAUCUCACAGAUUCUGGUGCCAAUGGUCUCAUCUCCGCUCUCAGUACAAUUGGAUCACUCACGGAGCUGGACCUGAGUUACAACUCGCUCACAGACCAAUUUGUCUCCGCUCUCCACCACUUCAUCCUGACUCAUCCGAGGCUGAUGCUGAUAUGGCUGCGGUGCAAUCGUUUCAGUGAAAUCAGGAAGAAGGAAAUGAAAUCGCUGGGAGAAUCCAAAUAUGGACUACAAGUGGACAUCUGAAUUCCUGAACAUUCCCGCCCGUGGGAUGGGGAUAUUUUGGCUGAUUCCCGCACUCCGCUUAAUUGAUCACUCUCCCCUUUAAUUCCCAACGAUUAUAAGAGAUGUUAAAUCCAAUUCUCAUCCCAAUAUGUCAAUCCACAGUUUCCUUGAUGAGGCCUCAACUAGGUUUGAGGAACAACACCUGGGUAGGAUCCAAACUGCUGGAUAGAACAUCGAUUUAACAAGCACCAGCCACAUCCCCUUCACCAAUCCCUGUCCCCUUUUUCCUCUCUCAUCUUACUUCCUGGCUUGCCCAUCACCUUUCUAGGGCGUCCGUUCCCGUUUUAUUUCUUCCAUCACAUUCUGUCCUCUCCUAUUGGGUUCCCCAUUCUCUAGCCUACAUCUCUUUCACCUAACAACGCAGAUCUUUAUUUUACUCACCUCUCCCCCUGUUUUAACUAUAACCAUGUGUUUCUCCCUCCCUUUUCCCCACCUUCCAACUCUGACCCCAUUGUUUCCCUGUCCUGAUGAAGUGUCUCGGCCUGAAACGUCGGCUGUACUCUUUACCACAGAUGCUGCCUGUGCUUGACUUUUGUGUUCCUCCACUAUUCUGUGUGCAUUUCCAGAAUCAGCGGAUUUACUUUUGCUUGUAACGGGCCCUGGCUCCUGCCUCGGUCUAUGACAUCAAAGGAGGUCCCACAAGCGUAAUCCUGCUUGCUGUUCAGCGACACUUCUUCCUCUGAAUGUCCGGAUCCGAGUGCUCCCGAAAUUAGGCCCUGAGGAAUUAUACAGACAGGAAUGGGCCGGGGGUAUGGCACAGCCUGGGACACCAGUGUCCUUGGAUGGGAUUAUCCGCGGAGGGAAUCUUAUGCUCACUUUGGGCCAAGGACGGUAUACUGAGCAAUCUGGACGACAUAAUUAUUUAAAUUGACAAAUACCUCGGUAGUGAGCUUGGGUCUACAGUGAUA